GAGCCCCAUCAGAACAAAAGCCUUUUAAACUCCUGUGACCUGGGACUAUCCCUUCCAACCAGCGCUAUUGCUUGCUCCCUCUGCUCUCCUUUCCCUCCCAGACUCCCGGGAAUGGACUUUGGAAAGGAAAUCACUGCAAUUAAGUGGUGAAGUGGGAAAGCUGCUGGUGAAGUCCUGCCUCAGAGAGAACCUGCCGAGGGGAGAGGCUGCAGGGUGGCUAAGACCAUGGGGGACGUGAAACUAGUCGCUUCAACCCACAUUCCCAAAGGUUCUCUUAAUGCUCGAUCUUCAGGACUCGGCUCCUCCCUGAAUGAGGCCCCCACCUUCAUCCUGCCCCCCAAGAAUCUCUGUGUCCCUGAGGGCGGCACAGCCAGGUUUGAAGGGAAGGUCAGAGGUCAACCAGAGCCACAGGUGACAUGGCACAAGAAUGGAAAACGUAUCACCCAAGGGGGACGCUUCCUGCUAAGCAGCAAUAUCCGGGGUCUGUUCAGCCUGGAUAUUCAUUCUGUGAAAGGGGAAGACAGAGGAAAGUAUACCUGUGAAGUCUCCAAUAGCAGUGGAGUUCAGCAGAUCACAGUGGAGCUGAAUGUAGAAGGCAAGUGCUGGGAACCCAUUCAUCCUAACAUUAAUCCAAAUCUUGAGUUUGUUGCUUGUGGUGCUUACAUUUAGUACUCAGGGGAGUUGUGCAGGAAGGAAGAGACACAAUUUAUGGAUUAGGAUGCUGCUAAUCUAAACAGAGAUAAGUUUUCUUAAGAUAUCUAGCUAAAUGACAUAAGACAAAAUCCAUUGUUAUAACGGCUGGCUCUUUGGGAAUGGGGCAUAGGAGGAAAUUUAGGUAUUGCAGGAACCAAAGAUAUCAAUAAAAAUAUUUUUAGAUCACAAGACUACUUUUAAAACUCUAUGAAUUGAAUACUUGUGCCUCAUCUAAAAGUUUAUAUAGGCUGUUUUUUCUUUGAAAAAAAAAAAAGAAACAUCAUUUCCUUGAAACUUCAUCCUAAUUUGCAAGAUGUCCUAGAAGAUAUUGAACACAAACAAAAAUAUGUUACUUGUUAUCAGGAUUUCUUUUGGUCCAUGGAGUACGUGGAAAAGUUAUUAUCAAUAAUCAGCCAUCAGAAUUUAGAAUAUAUGAUGUCUGGAUAGGAGAUGAGUCCCUCACACUAAUCCUACAUAGUUACAAAUUACCAACAUCUAUCCAAACCUAUAUGGUUCAUAAAUUAGAGAAUUGUCUCUUGCUUAUUAGAGCUUAGUUCAGUCCUUUCUUUUAAAGUUAGAGUCCUAAUGGAAUCAUCCAGAAAUAUUUAUUAAGUACCUAUUGUGUGCCAGAUACUUCCAAAGCACUGAGGAUGCAAAGAAUGAAGGGAUCUCUACUGACAAGGAGUUUAUAUUUCAGUGGUAAGAAAGGAGGGAAUUACAUCCCUGGAACAGGAUUAUCUGAGCAGGUCUACAAUUUAUCUAAGCUAAGAUGCUGUUGUUUGUUCUUUGUUCUCAAAGAAGACCGUGACAUCCAGGAGGUGAAGCCAUGACCUGUGAGUGAAUUAGGUUUAAGGAAAGGAGGGCUGUGCAGAGUCACCUGCCUCACUUUCCCCUCCAGAGCCAUCUGGGUCCGAUGGCCAGAUAUAAAUCAGGACGAGUGGAGAUGGCCCUGGAUGCUGUGGGAGAUCUUGGUUAAGUUAAGGUCUUCAGUAGGUCUCAGUUUGAGUGAGGUCACAUUCAUUUAGUAAUUAAGACUAGGAGAAAUUGAGGCAAAGAUUCUCCUCUUUCACCUAGUUCAAAAAAAAAAAAUCCAAAUAAAUAAAUAAAUCUGGGAGGGAGAGAUGGCUCAGAAUUUCUAGCCAAAGCAAAAAUAAUUGGUAUUUACAGUUUAAGUCAAUUAGGACCCAAACAAUAACCAAAUGGGGCUUGGACUAGGACCUAUUGAUGGCCAAUAAGAAUAAGUUUUGGGGUGGCAGCUAGUUGGCGCAGUGGAUAGAGCACCAGCCCUGAAGUCAGGAGGACCUGAGUUCAAAUCUUGUCUCAGAUAUAUAACACAUCCUAGCUGUGUGAUCCUGGGCAAGUCACUUAACCCCAGUUGUUUCAGAAAAAAAAUAAUAAGUUUGGUUUUGGUUUAAGACCUGGUUCUUAAGAAAAAAAAUCUAGUUAGUAAACCCCAAGAUAUCUUGGGAGGGUUCAGAGAUGUAAAAGAAAAAAAAUGCUUUUAAGAGCAUCUAAAGGUAAGGGAAUGAUACCCUAUAUGGAGAGAGGGAAGAAAGGAGGAAAGGAGGAAAGGAAAGAAAGAAGAAAGGAAAGAAGGCAUGGAGGAAGAGAGGGAGGGGGAUGAAGGAAUGGAGGAAGGGAAGAAACCAAGCAGGGAGGGAGGAAGGGAAAAAAGAAGGAAGGAAGAAAGCAAGGGAAGAAAGAAAGAAGGAAGAAUGGAGGGAGAAAAGAAAGGAGAGGAGGAAGGGAGGAAGGAAGGAAGAUAUGAUGUACAGGGUUAAUCAGGAAAGGUUUCCAGAUGUAAGUAAUGUCUGGAAGAACCAAGAACACAGUAAGUGCUUAAUCACUACCUGCUGGUUGUUGACUGACCCCAAGGAUGUAUGGCAGUAGCGAUUUUUGUUAUCCUGUUCCUCCCGACCCUCUGUGUUCAUGAAAGGACAUGCAGAAAGGAGCACACAUACUUCAGAUGCUUUCCCCAAACCUUCAACUUUUGCUUUGUUCACAGUAAUGGAAUGCAGGUGGCAGGGGACUGGGGGGGCUGCCAGCCUUGUGAGCGGCCAGAAGUCAGUGGACAGGUGGUUCUCUCUUGCUUUGUUCCAAAGCUUGGGGAUGGGGCUUAGUGCAAAUAUGUAAUCACAAACAUUCUGUCUUGGGGCUUUCUAUUACCGUGUAUUGACAGCAUUAAACAUUCCCCAAACCCUUCUAAGCUAAGCGUCAAUAAAUGGAAAACAGCCCCAUGCCUUACUUUCCCCAUUUAGUUUCAGAGAGGGCAGGUCUGUCUCUCUGGUCCCAGGCUAGGACCCAGGAGUUACCCUGGACUCCUAACUCAUCCUCCCGGAUCCAAGCUGUUGCCAA